AUGGGUGAUGCUCUGUGUGGACCCUCGAAUGCGCUUCAGAAUUUCCAGAAGCAUGCAUCUGUCGAUCGUACCCUUCAACAGGAUAGAUUUAUUGCUCGGCAGUCACCUUCUCAGGGUUUUCGGUCGCAGAACCCCAACGAAGGUGUACUUGAUUCCGAAUUUGCCACUUUUGAGUCCAAUUUAGCAGGGACGCCCCUUCCCAGUAUACAACAUACAGGCCCUUUCGUCACGCCCGCUCCUCGUUUCCCGGUAUCCAACCCGGCAGAGGCGUCCGGUUGGGCGGCAGACUUUCAGAAAAUGAAUAUCUCAGGACCUUCACAUUCACUUAAUCAAAUACCGGGGCCAUCUAUAGCUGCAAUGUCGGCCAUGUCACAACAGGGUUGGCAGAAUGAGUUUGCUAAGCAUCAGCAACAACAACAAUCCCCUAUUCAGCAGCACCAACCGCAUGUCCAAGGGUUUCAGCCGUCCUUUGCACCUCACUAUCCUAUACAUGUAACCGCAGUUUCUCGUGUGCAAGAAACAACAGCAAAUCAGCAACCUUCGGCAGAAGCAUUUGACGAAUCUGCAUUUGAAGCUGCAUUUGAGCAGGCGCGGACAGACAUGAUGUUGCAGGAAGCCGAGACCACUCAGAUUAGAGCGGAAGAUACUGGGGAAAGGGAACAAGCUUUCGCUGAAAAUACUGAAGAGACUAUCAAGAUUGGAUCGGAUACCAUCCCUCAAACCGACAAGAAUGAUGCACAGGCACGAGUGAACGAUGCAGACGAGCUCGCUCGGACUGCGGGGCAGUUACUGGAUAGCGUCAAACAUGAGCAAAGCCAGAAGUUUAGAGAAAGCAACUUUCUUGCCCUGAUGCGCCGCAUUCGUGACCGUGAGGUCCACAUCGAGGGCGAUGAAUUCCGCGAAACUUCACAGCCACUACACCCAGGCGGCCGAUAUUAUCCGGAGCGUCAGAAAGAACAACAAGGGCGGACAAUAGGACAAAAGGCCCGAGAUGGCCGCAUAACUGCCAACACGACACACGGGAUUUUCAAGGAACCGGAUUCCACUACUCUUACGAGUGGCAACAGCCCGAUAAGCUCAUCUGUUGGUUUCAAUCCUAGCGGGGACCACUGUCCAUACGAGGACUGGAAUCAUGGAGACCGCUGGGCUUAA